AUGAUGUUCAAGACCACCGCCGUAGCCCUCCUCCUCGGAGCCGCCACCGCCACUCCCAUCUUCGGCCGCGCAGAGACCAGCACCACAAAGUCUGCUGCUCAGACCACCGCUACCAACAGCGUGUACGACUGGUCUGAGGGCUGGGCCAAGGACUAUCCCAUCCACCAGUCCUGCAACGCGACACUGCGUCGCCAGCUGGUCAAUGCUCUGGAUGAGACUGUUCAGCUAGCUCAGCACGCAAAGGAUCAUCUCCUCCGAUGGGGAAAUGAGUCUGAGUUUAAGCAGAAGUACUUUGGUAAUGGAUCUACUGCUACGCCUAUUGGUUGGUACGAUCGUGUUAUCAACGCCAACAAGGCGGGUAUGCUGUUCCGUUGCGAUGACCCUGACAAGAACUGCGCUACCCAGGAUAAAUGGGCUGGCCACUGGCGAGGUAGCAACGCCACCACCGAGACCGUCAUCUGCCCCCUCUCCUUCGAGAUCCGCCGCAGUCUCGACUCCGUCUGCGGUCUCGGAUACACCGUCGCCCAAUCCAAGCUCAACACCUUCUGGGCCACUGAUCUCCUCCACCGCGUCCUCCACGUCCCCACCAUCAGCGAGGGUAUCGUCGACCACUUCGCCGAGGACUACGCUGAAGCCGUGGAACUGGCCAAGACCGACCCUUCCAAGAGCGUCAUUGACAGUGAUGCCCUUCAGUACUUCGCCAUUGACGUUUACGCCUACGACAUUGCUGCUCCUGGUGUGGGAUGCACUGGUGAGGCUGAGGAGAAGGAGACUCCUACUAAGGCGGAGUCUGCUAAGCCUAGUGCUACUAAGGAGGCCCCUAAGGAGUGCCACACUCACAGUGACGGUGUCGUCCACUGCUCUUAA